AUGCAAGUUCAAUCACCUAAUUUCAAGAUGAAAUCAAUGAUUCCUCUUAGUUUACAUUAGAAAUAUCUUAUUGAGGAUGAACCUAAUGAUGAAAUAUUUGAGAAUCAAAACACGAAAAUUCAGUUUAACGAAAGAAUGAUUGUUUGUAGUUACAAGCCUUGGCAAAACAUUAACUAAUUUCAAAAAACUAUCCAAAAAUUAAAAGUUUACGAUGAUAUCAGAUGGAUCAACCCUUCUCUUAGUGAAAGAUCUAAUAAACCUUCUCGAUCAAUUUUGAAGAAUUCAUUUCAAUCUAAGCUUGAAUUCUCCUCUGAAAGUUGA